CACGAAUUUGGGUUCAUUACCAGCUAGGGCUUCUUUGAUUUUGCGUUUUUUCCCGUAUGAUAAUCUCUCUUUGCCUUCUAAGCUCUCUGUAUAAAUAGUCUCUCCUUAAUCUAAUGUUUCUACGCAACAUUUCCACUAAUUCAACUAUAAAAGAUGAAUCAGGAGGUAAACAAAGAAUCUGAGAAUUGCUAGGGUUUUAGAAAAUAAAAACCUGAAAGCUAGGGUUGCUAAAACGGCACCGUUCCUUUUCGGGGGUGUGGAAGGAAGUAGUGCGAUCGAUGUCGUUUCGAUGUAAACUUGAGACAGUUAGGGCUUACAGUACAGAUCCAUUAGUAUGGUUCAGCCUGAAGAAGGGAAGAGGAAGACAAGAUCCGACCUCCUUUUUUUAGCCUAGAAUUAGAUUCAAUAAACGCAGGAAGUCGAUUAGGCAGGGAUGUUUUAGUGUACUUAACUAAUAAUUGGUAGUUUUUUCUUGACUUUCUUCUGCCAAUUAGUUUGGCCCAAUUAGAAUUAUGUAAUUUGGACAACGUUAGGAUUAGAAUUAUGAAUUCCUUAUAAAAUUAGGAUUAGGAUUAGGAUUGUGGAUUCCCUAUAAAAUUAGGAUCCAGUGGUUUUUUCUUGAUUUUGUUCUGCCAAUUAGAAUAAUGGAAUUUGGAUAAAAUUAGGAUUAGAAUUAUGGAUUCCUUAUAAAAUUAGGAUCCAUUAUUAAAGACUAUAUAUAUGGGUGCAUUAGGGGUUCCUUUGGUAAGUCUCAGACAUAAUUAAGGCUGGUAAAAAGAAAAAGAGAAAAGAAAAUUAUAUACAGGCGACUAUCUAGGAUUGAAUUGCGACAAUGGGGAAUUGGUCAGAUCUGAACAGUGAUGUGCUAGGUGAAAUUGCAAGGCGAAUUGAAUGCUUCGAAGAUUUUAUUGCAUUCGCUGCAGUGUGCAGGGCAUGUCGAUUGGUGGCCAAGCAUAAUCAGCAUUAUUUCAACAGCAGCGCAUCAGCCAAAGUUCCAUGGCUAAUGCUCUCAAAAAAGGAAGAAGAAGAGGAUUAUAGUAGGAGCUGGCAGUUCUUGAAUCUGUCAAAAGGCAAAAUUUACAAGAUCAGUCUUCCAGAAGAAGGCAAUAGUUACCUAACAUUAUCAUCUUAUACUUACAGAAGUAUCUAUGGUGAUAAUGAAACACAAUUUUAUGUUGCUUCACAAGGAUGGUAUUUGAUAAAAGAAGAGGAAAAAUAUUUAAGCCUUCUGAAUCCUUUUUCUCUCACAAAAUUUUAUCUGCCUCGUAAUAUUAUCAUAAGGGGAGAUGCUUACUACUCCUUCAAGAGCGAGACAGUUAUUGGGUUCGCUUUAUCCUGCAGCCCUACUCGCACAUCAGAUUACAUUGCCAUGGUUAUUAAUCUAACCCCUGUUCAUGGGUAUUCGAGAUUGGCGUUUUGCAAGCAUGCAGACCCCGGAUGGACCAGUGUAGACUUACCACCUUUAUCAUGUACUUACAGGGAAAUCAGUUUUUACGAUGGACGAUUUUAUGCUUUCCACAAACAACCUGAUCCGCACAUAUAUCAUGUCCUUGAAAUCGACAUUGAGAUUCAAGACAGCACUGUUUCAACACGUACCAUAUCAUUUAAAGAUCCUUACUGGUAUCUGGAUAGGACAAUUGUGCCACGCGACCAUGAGAUAUUAUGGGACUGCAGAUGUUGGCUAACGGAAUAUUCAACCGGAGUACUGAUGAUGGUUUUCUGGAAUUGGAAUUAUGAAUUGGAUCAGCAGCUUGCAGCUGGUAUUUAUUCUGAUAAUAAUAAUCAUCAUCAAUUUAUAGUUGAAGCAAUGGAACUGAAGACUGGAGAAUGCAGACAGGUGAAUGAUUUUGGGAAUAAAGCACUAUUUUUGGGACAAGGUUCGUGUUAUUUUGUUGAUGUAUCCGAUGAAUCGACACUGUUCAAGCCCAACCAUAUAUACUCUCUGGACAAUUCCCUUGGAAUAUUUUGGAAACGGAGUAGAAGUGUUACUGUUUACAACAUGCUUGAUGGAAGAAGGAAGCCCCUUUUCAACGAGGCAGAAUGUGGUCGCAACAGCUCUGUUCUUUGGAUCGAACCAAGAUUUUGAUGCAUCAUUGGUUAUGUUUGUCUUUUCUUUCAAAAUAUAUCAUUGUUUCGAUAACAUUUUUAUGUUGCUUAUGGAACUCGGCUAGCGUUUAUGCGUUCCUAUUUUAUGUGUACUGUCUCUAAGCCUGGCCUGGUAUUUCUUGGAGAAGCAUUAGUUAUGAAAACAUAAACCAGUAGAGUUAAAUUGCAGUCAGGUCAAUGGCAGGAUACAUCUAGCCUGCAUUUUUGAGAUACAUACUAUCAAUAUCAAUUUCAGGAACAUCCAGGCACAAAAAUGACUUAAACGUAUGAGGGUGCACUUCAGGCACUAAAUCCACCAAAUGUUCAUAUAGCUCUUUAUAUGAUUGCUUUGCUACCCGCAAAUGCUAAGCCAAAAAAAAAGAAAAACAAACAAACUGCUUUCUAUACAAAAUUGAUAUUUCGAUCCAUCAACUACAGGAUUUCUAAGUUAAUCUUAGAGAAUUUAUUAUCCAACAGUUAAUAGUUCAUAAGAAAAUAUAUAUAUUUAGUG